AUGUCGUUCGUAGGUGGUGGAACCGACUGUUCUGUCGGCGGAAAUGCAGUUUCUCAGUUCAAUAAACAUACCCAGCAGGACAGAUCCUUGCAGAGACAAUCGGCUCAGCCAGGUGCUGUUCCUCAGGCUCAAAAUUUCAAAAACGAAUCCAUGAUGAAUGCUCGUGAUCGUCAAAAUAUGGAGCAAUUUUACAAUAAUAACGGUGGUCCCAGCUUCCAAUUCCAGCCUAUGAGACACGAGAUCAAUAGAAUUGCCAGGCUGUCGGCGGGUCCCACACAGUCUCCAGGUAACGGAUGGACCAGUGAAUUUGCACAUGAUUUGAAACAUUCUCAGAGCCCAGUUCCUCGUAAUGCGUCGCCACAAACGUUGGGAAGAACCACUAACAACAACUGGGCAUCGGAGUUUCGUCCAGACCACAUGGCGGACGGAAUGGUUGCAAAUCAUGGUCCUCAACCGUACCUGAUGAACCAAGGUUAUCAGAGUUACCGACCAAUGAUGGGUCUGAUGGGAAUGGGAAUGGGUCUGAUGGCCAUGGGGCUGACUAUGGGAAUGCAGAGAGAUGUUCCCAUGGAGCAACAGGCACAGAAUCAGGCACCUGAUGUGGACUGGGACAAUCAGUUCAAAGAGAUCGAAGAGCUCACAUCUAAAGUAGAGGAAAAGCAAGAGGCCAAGGAGGGUCAGGCAGACGAUAUCAUUAUCGAUGACAAGUACCAGGCUACGUUUCAAGAGGUUUGGGAUAAUUUGAACCUGGAAUCUAUGGAAAAUGACUUCAUUACUCAGCAAUACGAAGAGUUCAAAGACUCGCAAAGAGAGACUCUCCCGGCUGACAUGUCGCAAUGGGAGCGUGAUUUUGCCAAAUAUGCUUCUACCAGGGCCCACUUUGGUGACUACAAGUUUGAGGACGAAGAUCAGAACCAGUUCCUGAACAUGAAGGAUGCAUACGAGAUCGGUCUCGAACUCAUGGAAAACGGCGCCAAGUUGUCGGAAGCUGCGUUGGCGUUCGAGGCGGCUAUUCAACAGGAUAAGAGCCACAUUGGUGCGUGGUUGAAACUUGGUGAAGUUCAGACCCAGAACGAGAAGGAGAUAGCCGGCAUUGCUGCAUUGGAAAAGUGCUUGGAAUUGAACCCGGAAAACUCUGAGGCACUCAUGACCCUUGCUAUUUCUUACAUCAACGAGGGCUACGAUAAUGCAGCAUUUGCAACGCUCGAACGGUGGAUCUCCACCAAAUACCCCAAUGUGGCCGAACAAGCUCGACAGCAAAAUCCUUCUAUCAACGACGAAGACCGGUUCUCGUUGAACAAGCGUGUUACUGAUCUUUUCAUGAAGGCAGCUCAAUUGUCCCCCGACACUGCUAGUAUGGAUCCUGAUGUCCAGAUGGGCCUUGGUGUGUUAUUUUACGCCAAUGAAGAUUUUGACAAGACGAUAGACUGUUUCAAGGCCGCAUUGUCUAUCAAACCCGACGACCCUAUCCUUUGGAACAGACUUGGCGCUUCGCUUGCCAAUUCUAACCGUUCUGAAGAGGCAGUUAAUGCUUACUUUAAGGCUCUCGAACUCAAGCCUACGUUUGUUCGGGCACGCUACAAUCUCGGAGUGUCGUGUAUCAAUAUCGGCUGUUACAAAGAAGCCGCUGAGCAUUUGUUGAGUGGAAUUUCCAUGCAUCAAGUUGAAGGAACCGGGUCAUUGAGCCACAACCAAUCUUCGUCGUUGACGGAAACUCUCAAGCGAGCUUUCUUGGCAAUGGACAGAAGAGACCUCCUCGAGAAGGUGAAGCCAGGUAUGGACUUGUCCAUCUUCCGUGAAGAGUUCAACUUUUAG